UUACACAUAAAGCACAGUUGCAACACCGCAAUCGUGGGUGAUUUUGCAACGAUUCGAGUUAGAGUAACAGGAAUGGAGCUAAUCACUUGCAAACACCAUUUGAGUGGCAUAACAUUCAACUCCUUUGGCCAGUUAACGGCGACUCCACAUCUAAGGUCACUGCACCGCUACCGUACCGCACUUCCAUCCAGGCUCUAUAUACCUAACUCAUGGACCAUCCCACAAAAAUGGGACUGGUCAAAAUACGCGUUGGCUAGGUCUGUAUCUACGAGUAGUUCGCCUUCUCCAAAUCUAAUCAAUCGCGCGAUCAAGGAGCAGCAGCUUAGUGAUGGCAGCAUCAUUUCCGUCAACCCUAAACCUUGUAAGGGUUUCUCCUCUAAGCUUUUAGAUCUUCUUGAGAGCCAUGUCGUCAAGCACAUGCACGAUGCUUCUCUCCCUCUCAGCUACCUCUCAAGCAACUUCGCUCCCCUCCGGGAUGAAACUCCUCCCAUCAAGGAUCUUCCCGUUCAUGGAACUCUUCCAGGAUGCUUGAAUGGUGAAUUUUUGAGGAUUGGUCCAAAUCCCAAGUUUGUUCCUCUGGCCGGAUAUCACUGGUUUGACGGAGAUGGGAUGAUACAUGGGGUACGCAUCAAGGAUGGGAAAGCAGCUUAUGUUUCGCGAUAUGUUAAGACAUCACGUCUUAAGCAGGAAGAGUUUUUCGGAGCUGCCAAAUUUACGAAGAUUGGGGACCUAAAGGGGGUUUUCGGAUUGCUUAUGACUAUUAUGCAACUAGUGAGACAUAAACUGAAAGUAUUGGAUGAUUCUUACGGAAAUGGAACUGCUAAUACAUCACUCAUAUACCACAAUGGAAAACUUCUAGCAUUACAUGAGUCAGAUAAGCCUUAUGUCAUCAAAGUUAUGGAAGAUGGAGACCUGAAAACUCUUGGUAUGAUAGAUUAUGACAAGAGAUUGACCCACUCCUUCACUGCCCACCCAAAAGUUGACCCGGUUACAUGUGAAAUGUUUAUAUUCGGCUAUUCGUAUACACCACCUUAUCUCACAUACAGAGUGAUCUCGAAAGAUGGCACUAUGCAUGACCCAGUCACAAUUACUAUAUCAGAGCCUACCAUGAUGCAUGAUUUUGCUAUCACUGAGAAUUAUGCAAUUUUCAUGGAUCUUCCUAUGCAUAUCAAACCAAAGGAAAUGGUGAAAGAAGAUAAAACGGUAAUCUCAUAUGAUCCCACAAAAAAUGCUCGUUUUGGUGUUCUUCCUCGCUAUGCCAAGAAUGACCUCAUGAUUAAAUGGUUUGAGCUUCCCAACUGCUUCAUAGCUCACAAUGCCAAUGCUUGGGAAGAAGAUGAUGAAGUCGUCCUCAUCACUUGUCGUCAUGAUAAUCCAGAUAUUAACAUAUUCAGCGGAAAUGCGAAAGAAAAAGUUGAACAUUGUAGUAGAGAACUGUACGAAAUUAGAUUCAACAUGAAAACGGGAUCAGCCUCUCAAAAAAAAUUAUCGGCAUCUCCGCUUGAACUUCCGAAAAUCAACGAGUUUUAUAUUGGCAAGAAACAUAGAUAUGUAUAUGGAACGGUACUAGACACCACUGCAGUACUAAAGGUUACAGGAAUUAUCAAGUUUGAUCUGCAAGCUGAAGCUGAGACAGGAAACAAAAUCCUGCAAGUAGGAGGCAAUAUUGAAGGAAUAUAUGAGCUGGGACAAGGCAGAUCCGGUUCAGAGGCUGUGUAUGUCCCGCGCGGGGCAGCUGAAGAAGAAGACGAUGGUUACUUGUUAUUCUUUGUUCAUGAUGAAAACACUGGGAAAUCAUGUCUGAAGGUGAUAGACGCAAAAACAAUGUCGGCUGAGACUGUGGCAGUGGUGGAGCUACCGCAUAGGGUCCCAUAUGGCUUCCAUGCCUUGUUUCUUACAGAGGAACAACUCCAAGGACAAACUCCUAUAUAAGCAAAGAAUGGCCUCAUCUAGUAUCAUCACGCCUCAUGCAUUCCGUAGGGCAACGAGGGCAUUAACGUUAUCGACAAUUCAAAAGCAAUCUUCCCUUACAAGACCUAAUAUAUAUUAGUUUAUGUAUAAUUGAUUAUGGUAGUAUAUUAUAAGUAUAUGAUUUUAUAUAAUUAUAUAAGCAAGUAUGUAUGUGUAAUUACGGGUGUGAGUUAAUGAGUGUGUGUAUACGUAACUUGUCAGUUUCCACAAGUUACGAGCCGUUACUACUAUAUUAAGUUGUAAUAAUGAUCCGUUGGAUGAUAAGG